CGUGACGGAGCUCCUCCUCCAAGGCCCCGCCCCUCAAGCUUCCGGGCGUAGCGGAGUCACGCCCCUACGUCGGGCCGCUUCCCCCUCCCCUCCGAUCUUCCUCAGUCUUCGGUGUCACUGGAGCUCGGAGCGCCGGACUGCAACUCGCACGACGCAGCGCGUUAAAGAGCCAUGGCAGAAAGCGCCGGCUUGGAAAACCAUCGCAUCAAGAGCUUCAAAAACAAGGGCCGCGAUGUCGAGACUAUGAGAAGACAUCGGAAUGAAGUCACAGUGGAGCUGAGAAAGAACAAAAGAGAUGAGCACCUGUUGAAGAAGAGAAAUGUACCACAAGAGGAAAGCCUGGAAGAUUCAGACGUCGACGCUGAUUUCAAAGGGCAAAAUGUGACACUAGAUGCCAUCUUACAGAACGCCACCAGUGACAAUGCAGUAGUACAGCUCAGCGCCGUCCAAGCAGCCAGGAAGCUACUUUCCAGUGAUCGGAAUCCCCCCAUCGAUGACUUAAUAAAGUCGGGAAUCCUUCCCAUCCUGGUGAAAUGCCUGGAGAGGGAUGACAAUCCUUCCUUGCAGUUUGAAGCAGCGUGGGCACUCACGAACAUCGCAUCUGGGACAUCGGCUCAGACUCAGGCUGUAGUCAAAUCCAAUGCUGUACCUCUGUUUCUGAGGCUUCUGCAUUCCCCCCACCAGAACGUGUGCGAGCAGGCUGUGUGGGCGCUCGGCAACAUCAUCGGAGAUGGCCCGCAGUGCCGAGACUACGUCAUCUCCCUGGGCGUGGUCAAGCCCCUCCUGUCCUUCAUCAACCCUUCCAUUCCCAUUACCUUCCUGCGCAACGUCACCUGGGUCAUUGUCAACCUGUGCAGGAACAAAGACCCCCCCCCACCCAUGGAGACUGUGCAGGAGAUCUUACCUGCCUUGUGCGUGCUGAUAUACCACACGGAUAUCAACAUCUUGGUGGACACAGUAUGGGCGCUCUCAUACCUUACCGACGGAGGUAACGAACAGAUUCAGAUGGUCAUCGACUCGGGCGUGGUCCCCUUCCUUGUGCCAUUGCUAAGCCACCAGGAGGUCAAAGUUCAGACAGCUGCACUUAGGGCAGUAGGCAACAUCGUAACGGGCACGGAUGAGCAGACGCAGGUGGUGCUCAACUGUGACGUGCUAUCCCACUUCCCCAACUUACUCACGCACCCUAAGGAGAAGAUAAAUAAGGAGGCAGUAUGGUUCCUGUCCAACAUAACAGCUGGGAACCAGCAACAAGUUCAGGCUGUGAUUGACGCCGGUCUCAUCCCCAUGAUCAUCCACCAGUUGGCCAAGGGUGAUUUUGGCACGCAAAAGGAGGCGGCUUGGGCAAUUAGCAACUUGACAAUAAGUGGAAGGAAAGAUCAGGUGGAGUACCUGGUGCAGCAGAAUGUGAUACCGCCUUUCUGUAACCUCCUCUCGGUUAAGGACUCUCAGGUCGUCCAGGUAGUUCUUGACGGGCUUAAGAACAUCCUGAUAAUGGCAGGGGAGGAGGCCAGCACGAUUGCGGAGAUUAUCGAAGAGUGUGGAGGUCUGGAGAAAAUAGAGAGCCUUCAGCAGCAUGAAAAUGAGGAUAUCUACAAGUUAGCGUUUGAAAUUAUCGACCAGUACUUUUCAGGGGAUGAUAUUGACGAGGAUCCCAGUUUGAUCCCUGAAGCCACCCAAGGCGGCACCUUCAACUUUGACCCCACCUCCAGCCUGCAGACCAAGGAGUUCAAGUUCUAGAGCAGAUGUGCGGGUCGCCCCGCUGCCCAGCACUUCAUCACCUUCAGAACAUCAUGACAGACCCACUAACCUGAAACAUACACCGUCGCCAUCCACUAAAGGAUCACAGACUUCGUCAAGCGUCCGCUGCCGACGCCCCUAAACGUUACAGAAUCUGGAAGAAAAACAAAAACAGGAAAAAAAAGGAACCUCAUCACCGUCACUCUGCAGUUGCCAAAUGUCUUUCUCACACACAGACUUCAAGGAAUUUGUGUGCAUGAAGGUACACACCCAUCAUGCGGUAAGGGAGCCCAGCCCUGACCUUAUUCCCCCUGACUGAGGUUUGCUUUGUCAUUUUAUUGCUUUUCCUGUUGGCUUUUGUUUCCUGGAGUCAGUCUCACUCAGUUGACCACCUAGAACACCACCCUGGUUGAAGAUGUUCCACCCCCAAGUCAUGUGUCAGUGUGACGCGACUCUGUCAGCCUCUCCGCAGGAAAGUCCUGGUCCAAUCCAACUGGCGUGGGGGUACACUAAUGGUCAACUUGGAGUUCUUUAGUUACCUAUCACUGCUGUUCUCGAUUUUGGUUUUGUCCUGAGUCGUCAUGGAGGAUGCCUUUUAUGUAUGGGGGGGGGUAGUACAGAGUCAAAAUUAAAGACUAUUACUCAGUGAUGAGAGUUGACACGAAAAGCUGAAUUUCACUUAAUCUGGAAAACAACACAAAGGAAGGAAAACUAAUUUUUGUAGCAUUGAUCUCUCUCUGGGCCUGGAAAGCAGGAGUCAAAAAGGUGAAAAGUUUGGAACGCCGUAGUCUGCUGGAGCUGCAGAAGAUGAAUGACAAUGGAAUUAUGUUUUGUUUUUUUUGUUUUUUUUGUCAUUUGUGGGUGGGGUUUAAAGACUGGAUUCAUGCUGCAGUACUGAUGUUGCAGCCCCUGGUCACUGGAGAGAGGAGAGCCGGUUCUCCUCCCUCUGUGUUCUCCGGCUCCCGGUGGAGUUCUGGUAUAAAAACUCUGAGCUGUAAUGUAAUACUCUUCCCUCUCCUCAAGGAACAGCUUCAAUCUGCAGACCUGUUACUGCUGCUCUGUUUUUGGAUAAUUUUGCCCACCCCCCCCCUUUUGUUUUCCGUUUAGCAUCGUGCAUUUUACGUUAAAAUCACUAAGAAUACAGUAGCGCUCGUAUAUAUUGUUCCCAUUUGACGCGUGGAGUGUCUGACACAGCACAUCAAAUCGUGUAGAUCCAGAGUUUUUUCUGUGUUAACGUAAAAAGCGGAGCCCUCAGAUUAGUUGUGAAGAAAUGAGUAAUUCUUGUGAUCCUUGACUAUACAGCGUAUGCCCUUUCUUUGCUCUUCUGAGUUUUCCUCAAAGACUACCCGCUAUCAACCUGCUCGUACAAGUGAAGCAUUUCUUUUUGAACUUUCGAGUAAUAUAGCGCCCGUCUAAGCGUGUGCCGCAGCCGAUAGCCGGUCACCGGAACGGCGCAGGAUGACAGCAUUGAGCCCACCGCAGACAUUGCCAGGGAGCUGCCUUCCCACCACACGCACGCCCACGCGGUGAGGGUCUCGCUGUCGUUACUGGACGUUUCCCCCUUCGCUUCCCCGUGCAUUUUAUUUUGUAAAAGAAGAUUGUAAACGGAAAUUUCACCUUUUUUUUUUUUUUUUUUUUUUUUGGACUAAUGUAGUUGCGUCAGGGCUGCUAACUACUGAAACGACGCGUGAAGCCAGGUCAAGCAGCCAGGCCUUUGUGGACUAACCAUUCAUUAUUGAUGAACAAACCGUUAGCAGGUGUACAGUCAAGAGCUAGACGAGUCUAGACACCUAAACAGAGCCACUUUAAAGAUUGCAAUUUAGUCUUGUAUCAAAAACUGAUACAAGCUUCUGUUCGUUGCAAGAUUUUUACUUGCUAAAAAAAAACUUGUUUUAAAUAGGAAUAAAGCAACAGCAUUUUGGCCUCUGAUUGUUUAUAUCUUUUUAUAAAUUUUAGAUUGAAUUUCUCUUUAAGGUGGCUCAUCGUUCCUUUCAACUCUUGUGCAUAUUAAAGAUAAGGAUGAGUUGAAAUUCAUUGUGCCUUUUGUUUUUCAUUUCUAAGCAACAAGGAAAAAAAAAACAUUUCUUAAGCACUGAAGCCUAACUUAUGGAGGUGUGUAAGAAAUGGAUUAUUUGGGGAGGUGUUUCGCUCUCACUGGACAGCACUACCAAUAGGGCUUCUCUCUGUUUUCUGUAAUGCAGAGCAGGAUUGUUCGACCGCAGCUCUGCUGGCUGACCAUUGUAUUCCACUGCCACUCUUCACUUCCUCCCCUGACCAUACCACUCCCAUAACGCCAAACAGCCAUAUCUAUCGCCAAUCAGAGGGGUUUAAACCAGCCUCUGUGGCAACAUGAAAUCUCGCUUCCAUCACUCCCUCAGGACAUGGUCUCUGUAUUAAUGAUGCUAACCAAAAUAAAACUUGCUGUUAGCCAUUGA